AAUGUUGAAGGGAAAGAGUAAUAAACAGGUAAGUGGUACCAAAACAUCCAUUGGAUUGUUUCUUGCAGAGUCUGGCACUUCUACUAGUGGUAUAAACACCCUUGCAAAUGUUGGAAUAAGUGCCACAUAUCAAACGGUAUAUAAUAAGUUGGAAAAAUUUGUUGAAACACAUGAAGAGACAGUACAAGCAUAUGUUAAGAAAUCA